AUGGUUGUUGCAUUAGGUAAUCCGAUCGAAGAGGUCCCUGUUGAUGCAUCACCUGAUGGUGUUGAACUGGCGCCACAGCUACCACUACAUCCGCCUGGUAUGCAAAUUUCGUCGUUGCGACAACAACCAUUGUUGUCUGAACAAAGACAGCACCCAUUGACUCCACAACUUACAGAAUUAGGACCGCAGCCACCGCUACAUCCGCCUGCCCUUGCUACCAAAGAGUAUUUCAAGGUGAAUUUGCUUCUCAAGAAGGUCGUCAAGCGAUUCGCCUCUUUUCCACUUAAAGGGCGCCGUAGCAAAAGCGAAACUGCUGAAGGUUACAAUAGUGAGGACAAGUAUUAA